GAGAAUGCUCUUAAACAUUUUGGCAUUUUGGGGCCAGCGCUCUUUCGCUUUCACCCUGUCUGGUUCCUGGCGUGACGGAAGGACCCCUCCCAUCCUUACUUUCUGGUGUCCUGGGGGCGGGGGCGAGGGGGCGCUGCAGGGCGGGGCGCCCCACCCCCAGCCUGGCCACUCCAUUCAAGCCCCCUCCCCUCCCGAGCACAACUCCCGUCAUUUUGUGUGUGUGUGUGCCAGGAGCAACCGGAGUUGCUUUUGGAGUGAGAGAAUUGGCGUCUGCAAGGACGUUGCCCAGGGGACAUUGCCCGGAUGUUUUGAUGUUUUACCAUCCUUGUGGGAGGCUUCUCAUGUCCCCGCAUGGAGCUGGAGCUGAUAAAGGGAGCUCAUCUACGCUCUCUCCAGGUGGGAUUCGAACCUGGCAGCCUUCAGGGCCAAAGCCUCCUGGAGCAGAGACACUGAUACAGACAGACAGACAGACAGACAAAUGAAAGAUCUGGACCAGGCCUGGUGUCGGAUCUGGAGUCGCUGAAAAACACCGUCAAAGCCCCGCAACAGAAGGCCAACCAGCCUGUUUAAAAGCCUCUAAAGGAGGAGACUCUGCCGGACUCCGAGGCAGAGGGUUCCCCUGCUGAACAGCCCUUCUUCUGGUCCAGAAGUUCUUCCUAAUAAAGUUCAGGUCCGGCGGCCAUGGAGGGCGGCCAGAGCCCUGAGACAGCGAGCGACACAGGCCCCGCCAGGGACCCCGGACCCGUUCCCCGGCUGCACGGCACCUUCCGCUCCCCGUCCUGCGCCCGCUGCCGCAACCACGGCCUCUGGGCACCGCUGAAGGGCCACAAGAACCGGUGCCGCUUCCAGGGCUGCCGCUGCCAGAAGUGCCUCCUCGUCCUGCAGCGGCGGCGCGUCAUGGCUGCGCAGGUGGCUCUGCGGAGGCACCAGGAGAUGGAGCUGCGGAAGGGGCCGGUGGGGGCUCUGCUGCAGCUCCAGGAGGAAGGGAGCCCCCUGGACCCGGCCAAGCCCCCCAAGGGGAUCAGGACCAACAAGGGAGCCCGAGGGAAGAAGGAGAACGAGGAGCCGGUGCCAGAGGCAGAGGACGGGCUCGGAGAGGCCCCGGGUCUCCUUCGAAGACAAAGGCCAAGAGAAGCCAGGAAGGAAAGCGCCUGGCUGCCUCUCCCUCGCUGCUCCCGAGCCACGGAGCUGCCCUGGGCCUGCGGGGGCCACCGGGCGCCCCACAUGGCCUGGGCCCCGCCCCCGUUUCCUGUGGCCCCGGGACCCUUCUGCCCGCUCCUGCCCCCUGAACACUGCUUCCACUGCGCCAGAUUGGGAGGGUGUGAGGGCAGCGGAGUCUUGUACCUGCCGGAGGGCUAUGGGGCAGCCCCAGGACAGGUGCCCCACCUGAGCCCUGGCCCCUGCUGGCUCUCACCUGCCAACCUGCCUAGGAUCCCAGCCACCAACCCCAAGGAAGGGCCGAGUGUCAAGGAACAGCCACCCUGCUCUGGCCACGAGGCCCUGAGCCCCCCGAGUGACCACCUGGAUCUGAGCAGGCGCCCCAAAGACCCACCGCUGGGAGGUCAGCCUUCCUCCUCCUCCUCCUCCGGCCCUCGCCUCUCCGUCUGGCCGGGCAGGGGGCUCCUCUUUGCACCCCUUUCAGAACAGCAGCUCCAGGAAGAGGCUGCCGAAGCCCUGAUGGUCCUGCGCAAGGGCCCUGCCCCCGGGCCCCCCUGCCCUGCCCCGGCUCCUCUGGCCGUCGCCCCCUUUCCCCGGCCCCUCCCGCUGCAGAAGCACCCCUCCUGCCUCGUGCCUCCUGACGGCGCUCCCAUCGUGAGGUCCUCCCGGGGCCACAGUGCUCUGAAAGGGCCCCUGGGGCCCAGCGGGGCCUUCCGAGGGCACUGCCUGGGCCCGCUCUGCCUGCCUUUCGGUGCGUUUCCCCAGCAGGACAAGGGCCUCUGCCUGCUCUCCCUGGCCCCCACCGGCCCUCCCUCGCUCGCCACCCCUUUCCUGGUCUCCAGCAUCCAGGCGGUCGGUCCCAGCCCAGGAGGGGCCUCCAGCGCCGGCCAGCUCCCCUUUGGCCACAGUGCGGCCCUCCCCCAGAGCUGCCCGACGCCCAUGCCCAAGGCGGUCUGCACGCUGCCACAGAGGAUGGAGGCGGGCUGGCUCCCGGAGGGCAAAGUGGGGGUGUUGCCGCUCUGCCUGCCCCCGCUGGAGGUGGCGGUGGCCCUUCCCCUGCCGCCCUCCGCCCUGCCCUUCGGCCCCCUGGGGCUCCACCUGCUGCCCCCCCGGCUGCCCCCCCUCCCCGGCCCCCGGCCACAGGACCUCUUCGCCCACCCAGCCCCCUCCCCAGGCCUGGGGUCAGGGCCGGGGCUCCCCCCAGCGGGGCAGAAGAGGCCGCCCCCGCCAUUGCCGAGCCACGGAGGAGGAAGGGAAGGAGAGGCACACGGGAGUCCCACCCAGGCGCCGGGGAGCACUGACCCCACAGGUCCCAGCGAAACGACCCCUUGCAUCCUGGCCGCCCCACAAGCCCAAGGCCCGGCAGCACAGGAGGAGGCCCUGCAGCAGCAGCAGCAACAACACCCACAGCCGGCCCACAGCCUCCCCGCAGGCAGCGGCUCCCUCUCCACACUUUGGCCAGAGCGGCCCCCGCUCCCUCCCCAGCCGGGCUUCUGAGAGUGGGGAGCAAGAGCAGUGGGGCAGGGGCCGUGCACCCCAUGUCUGUGCAUGGAGAGAGGGCCAGAGCUGAGGGCUUGGCCAGGAGCAGAAGCGGGCAAAGGCAGGCCAGGGCCACUGCCGGGCGCUUCACCUCCCUGCGCCCGCCAUCGCCUGGGCCCUUCUGCUCACGUCCAGGCGGAGGCAGGGCUAGCGAAAGGGAGUUGAGCAGGAGUUGGGUUUUCAGUCACAUCCAGUUGGGUGUUUGUUUUUAAAACGGCUUAAGCAGUUUGUUUUCUAUAAGCAGAGUGUUACCCUAAGGCAGUUUGUGCAAGCUGCAGACCUCCAGUUUUGGCCUCUGACUCCCAGAAGCCUCCCUUGCCAGGUGGUCCCAAGACCAGGAAUUCUGGGAGUCGGAGGCCAAAACAGCUGGAAGGCCGCAGAUUGCCUGCACUAAGGCAUUCUUGCCUCUUUUCAAUACCACACAGCCAUACAGUUAAUGAACUGGAGUGGGUUUCGGCGCAUGAGGAACGCGGCCCUUUCCAAGGCGGUUUCUGCCGUCGCUUUCACAACUCGGGGGACGCGGUGCGUGUUUUGUUGUGUUUCUGCCAAUAAAAAAGGUUCAGAGGAA